CCUGCUUUCGCUUUCGUUUCCCGGCCGUAGCGGCGGGGCCUCGGGGCCGCAGGUAGCGCGGUGGGGUCGCGGCGCUGGGGCCGGGGGCGGACAGAACCGGGUCUUAGAGGCAGCGGGGAAACGCGCCCGGUGUGGGGCGGCCGGACCCGCUGAGAGCGGUGAGGUCCGAGCAAGCCCGGCCCGGGCUGUCGGUAGGUCCCUGUAGGGCCGUGUCUCCCCGGCCCCGCAGACAUGGCCGGCUGCACGGUGCAGGUGUGGGGCAUCCCCACCGACCAGCCCCUGGACAGGGUGGCCGACAAGCUGACCAUCCACUUCCUGCGCUCCCGCAACGGCGGCGGCGAGAUCACCGACGUGCAGGUGCUGCCCGGCUCCCCGGCCUGCGCCCUCAUCACCUUUGAGGCAGCAGCAGUGGCCCAGCGAAUCUUGAAGGUGAAGAACCACGUGCUGUGCAUCGGAGGGAAGAAAUACCCCCUGGAGGUGAAGGCGCACGCAGUGAAGCUGAGCCCUGAUGAGAUCUUUGUACGUGUUUGCAUGAUGGUUGACUAUGGUAAACUUCCUGCUGGUGAAAUGCUCCUGAAGAACUUGCAGAAGGGCUACAAUAGUGUGCAGUUUGACUUUGACUACAGGAGCACACUUUGCAGAGUCAAGGGAACAUUCAGUGAGCUGCAGGCCUUCAGCAGAGACCUGCUGGCCAGCCUGGACCUCAAAAGUCAACUCAGUGGAGAGAGCCUGCCUUCAGGAUCCAGCCAUUCGUCCAAAAACACCAGCAUGUAUGAUUACCAGCAGGAGCCUGACUCUGCUGGGUCAGCAUCAAAGGCAGUAAAGCUGCCACACUGGGACCAGGUGUGUGACAAAGCAGCUGAUGGCCCAUCACCUCAAAGCCCAGUGGAUGGGGAAGCUGUGGAACAGCUGGAGGACUUUUCCCUGGUCAUGGACUCAGACAUUUACUUGUACAUACAGAGGUUCUGUGUUUCUGAGUACCAAGGCAUACUUUGCCGGUAUCACGUAGAAGUGGUGGAUGUUAGCAGCAAUGACAUAACCAUACUGUACCUCCAACCAUCUCCAGGUACAUCUGGGAACAUGGACACAUUGCAACAGUCCCGCCUGGCUCUACAGCAGCUCUACCAGCAGCUGGAAGUGAGCUUGCGCAAGGAGAAGCUCUCCAAGGGAGGACUGAACAACCAGGCACUCAGGGCUCUGACACAGGAGCUGCAGGAGCAGUAUCCUCAGUUGCUCUGCUAUGAAGAUGGGAAGCAGCUUUACCUUAUUGGAAACCUUGUUGAUGUCUCCCAGGCUAAGCAGUAUGUUCAGUGUUUCAGCACCAGAAGUGGUGCCCCACAAAUGGCUGGCAUGUUCAGUAGCUCCCCACCCUCACAGACAGCAACUUCCUGCACUACAGAGACUUCACUGGACAAGCCCAAAGUUCCUGUGGACACCUUGCCUCUAAAGCUGAGCCCAGGCAAGCCAGAGCUGAAAGCUGAGCACAAGUUGGCUGCUAACUUCAGCGCUCUGAAAACUAGCCGGCCUCAGUGCCCUUUGGCAAAUCAGGACUCGCCUCCAGUGGGGCAGGCACAGCUUUCUGGAAAGCAUUUCUCAGAGACAAGUGCUCUGGGUCCCAGUGACCCAACAGCACUGGCACAGCCAUACCAGCCUCAUAUCUCUACAGUGGAUGUAGGUUUGGAGUCAGCAGCAGAGUCUCAGAAGGGCCCCAAAGAAUGGGACCAUGUGAAAGGAGGGGCUAGGCUUUCAAGACAAAAGAGUCUGUCUCCAUUAAGGAUCAAAGAAAACAGCACGUUUAAGCAUCCUGGGGACUUGAAAGGCUCAGAUCCCACCAAACACCAUUCCCUUGCUGGCACGUCUAGUACCUUUCAGUCUCUGAGUCUCUUUGACACGACAAGGACCCCUUUAGACUCCAAAUCCUCUGAAUCCAGGCCUGUUCUGCGACGCUCCAGCAGCUUUUCCCUGCCAAAAUCAAAGGAAAGCAACAAGGCCCAAGACACUUGCAGGGCAGCCAGUGGAGACAAUGUGGUGAGUGAAGAAAUGAGCCUGGAUUCUCUGCAGUGGUCUUAUCUGAAGUAUGUCUAUCACUCUGCUAUUGCUGAAUUGUGCAGGGGCAGAGUUGUGGAGAUCUCAGAGCGUUCCACUGGGGACUGCACUGUACUCACACUGCAGGCAGCAGACAGGAGCAAGCUUCUCCAAGCUAAAUGGAAGGUGGAAAAUCUUGUGCAGAAAUGUCCUGACCUUGUGUGUCAGAGUAUGAGCUACUCAGAACUUGCUGUAAAUGGACCAGAUGAUGACGCCCUGAGCGAACUGUGCAACCUCUUGCAAGGAGGUUCCCUCCAAGUUGGGCUCAGCAAAGACAAGUAUAAGCUCCGUCUUGUCUGUCCCAAAGACAUACUGCCAGGAGUGACUGAAACCUUCCAUCUGUUUUAUUCCAGGAGGCUCCAUGCCCCGAAAUCUUCAUCUUUGUCUCCAGGACAGGAGAGAGAUUCAAGUGCAGGGCACUUAAAUGCUGUCCAACCAAGCAGAAGCCAGGACACCAUGGUGGAUGCAGCCCUUCCCAACAGCCUGGAGUCCCUGCAGAUGGACCUGCAGCACCUGGACAUUAGCAGUGAAACAGUGCACCCAGAGGUUCUAAGUGCUUUCCAGCAGGUAGAGGCUGAUGAAAACAGAUCCCCUGGUCUUUGGAGGUUCCCACAAGCACUGGGACAAGAGGAGGCCAAUGACUGCAUAGAUCCUGGGGCUGUGCAGGGGAGAAGCAACCUUCUCAGCCCUAGCAUAAUGGAAAACCUCAGUCCCACUGCUCCGAAGGAGUCCAAGGAACAGCUGAAGACCAAAGUGAUGCUGGGGGAACCUGACACUGCACGGCUAAAGCAGGUUUUGCCAGACAGGUUCCAGUUUGUGAAAGACAAGAGCAGAGGAGGUCACAAUGAUGCCACAGGACAGCUGCAGUCACCAGUCCUCACAGCUGGUGAUGCUCCUCACUCCCUGCCCACCUGUCUGUACAAGAGUAUGGCUCCUGAUUCACCCCAGGCUGCAUCUGAACAGUCACCUGUAGCUGAGCCCACGUCCCAGGGAAGUAACAGUUCUGGCAGGAACAGUGUUCAGGAGGAGCCCAACCUCCCAGCACUGCAAACAAAAGACACCAGCCUUGAACAGGAAAGCUGCAAGACUCCUCUGGGCCAGUGUGAUGUUUGCCAGGACUUAUGUGUCACAUGCCAGGCCCCCUGUGGUCAUGCCUUGUGCAGGUCAUGUUUUGCAGAUCAGCCAGCUUGCUGCAGCUCCUCCUUGGUUGCCUCUGGUUGCAAAAUCUCAGGGACUCUCAAGAUUUCUUCUUUGUCUCAGAGCCUGCCUGGCUACUUCCGAGAUCUGACACUUCAAAUUACCUACACCAUCCCCAAUGGCAUUCAAGGGGUAGGUACCCCACCAGAAGGGACUGCCUAUCCUGAUGGAGGCUGGGCAGUGGAUUCUGUGAGUGUGACUGGGGCUAUAGGAGGACAGUUGAAAGAGGGCAGGUACAGCUCCAUGCCCCAUAUACAAAGCAGCAGAGGUUUUGCCUCAUGGAAUUGCAUUCCACACAAGGUGCUUGCUGCUUUUGAAGAAUGUGUGAGCUCCAGUGUUAGUUCAAAGCAUCUAGCAGCUCAUGGGCACCACAGCAGUCUGUUUUCAAGCUGGACAGUAUUUCAGAAGCCAGAACUGAGAUUAUGCUCUCAGGAAUGGCUAUCCAGAUGCCCAGUAUCUCCGUGAGGUUCGUGUUGUCCUGAAGAAAUUGGGUAUUGACUGAGACUCUUUACCUGAGCAUUUGCAUCCUGUGCCUUCGCUUCACUUUUCUUCCCUGUUGACAAAACUACAGCUCAGCACAGCUCAAGAAAAAAAGCAGACUUCUGGAAGACUGUUCCCACUGGCCACCACUGGCAGGCUGUGGCUCAGCCACCUCCACAGCCUGUGCUAGAGCUAAGCUAUCAUUAAUUUCAGAUGUUUAUGUAGAUAUUUCAGUCCUCAAGCUGACAGCCAUGAGGUACAGCCCCUCCCCAACACCUGCUCUGGGGACAGCAGGGAAGUUUAUGCGUGGUUGGGGAGCAGCAAUGAGUUUCAGAUCUGAACAGCUGCCUCCUGAGAAUAUUGGGCAUAGACAGGCUGCAGGUGCAGAAACACAAAUAAACAAUAUUUAUCUCCACAGUCUUUGUUGUGGCUGCUCACACACAGAUUGCCUUACUGUCACUCUGGGACCCCCUUUCAAUCUCAGCAGUCUACAGGGAUACCCCAACACAAACUAAAGUGCAGAGACCAGCUCAGUGCUUUGCAAACAAAACCAAUCACUGUAACUGCCCUCCAAAAUAGAGUAUUACAAGAGUGAUACAAUGUCUCUGUCUCAACAGAGAUUAACAGUUAUCCUUGAGAGCAGCGGCAGCUUUUCAGCCUAGGAGAAUUGUUGGGAUUUGUAAACUGAUUACAUCCACACUGCUGCCUUUUGAAGCAAUACAAGGGCCCCAGAGACUGGCAGAAUAUUGAGCAGUUCACCACUGAGGGUUUUGUUAUGCUUUAAUUAACAUUUUAAACACAUAAGGCAUAUGGAAACAUUAGAUGGAGGAGCAUUACACAUUAUAGUCAUGUAAACAGCAUUGGCACACUUGCUUUCUGUCUCACUUGGUUAUACAAAGCAGAAUACAUUUUUAAACAAAGAUUUUCCAAGUGUCUGUAGGGUGAGCAUCACUCAUAUCACAUAUUUGCACAUCAACAUAACUCAGACAGUACAGAUCAGACCAUAUGCUGUAAGAGGCUCAGUCUAAUGCAUUUCACAUCACAACUUGCCAGUCACUUUGCCAUCACCAGGGUUUCAUACAGAAGAGACUUCAUUAGGCAACAAUAGUGCUUUCACACUUGGCCUGAUAGCAGCUGCAAGUGGCCAACAUUCUGUGCUGAUUAAAGCCUGAGGCUCACACUGGCUUUGUCUUGCCACUGAUCCUUCAAUUUUAGUUUAAUACAGUUGGAAAAAAAAA